CGGGCAAACCUGCACAAGACCACAAAGGCUGGUGCCUGUGAACCCUCCAUCACCAUGGCCGCCGUCCACUGCUAGCCCUGCCGUCACUCCAGGGCUUCCAUCGCUCUCUCUCGCUCUGCGUCGAGCACGCCCCCUUCUCUUUCCUUCUCCCGCGCUGCCCUCCAGCAUGCCAGCAGGCAGCCUCUAUACGCCGCAGGCGUCCUCCGACCCCGACCCCCGCGGCACCGGCGACCGCUUUGCUCGCGCCGUCAUUGUCGUUGCUGGCGUAGCUGCGCUCGUUGCGAGUGUCAUCACAGUCGUCUCCGUUUGGUUACAAUCGAAAAACUACCGGAAGCCGCUGCUGCAGCGAUAUGUGAUCCGGAUACUGCUCAUGGUCCCGAUAUACUCGGCGUCAUCGUGGGCAAGCCUGGUGUCACUGAAGGCAGCUUUCUGGAUAGGCCCCUUUCGGGACGUCUAUGAGGCCUUUACCAUCUAUACCUUCUUCCAGCUGCUGAUUAACUUCAUCGGGGGCGAACGAGCUCUCAUCAUACUCAUGACAGGCCGCCCUCCAGUCUCCCACCUCUGGCCACUCAAUCUGUUCCUGCCCAAGGUGGACAUCUCCGAUCCUCACACCUUCCUCGCCAUCAAACGCGGCAUUCUGCAGUACACGUGGGUGAAGCCCAUACUUUCGAUAGCUGCUAUCGCCAUGAAAGCAACCGGCAUAUACAAAGAAGGUUACAUUGGCGUCACUUCGGGCUAUUUCUGGAGCGGGCUGAUCUACAACGUCAGCAUCACCGUCAGUCUGUAUGCGCUCGCUAUGUUCUGGGUGUGCAUGCUGCAGGAUCUGAAACCAUUUCGGCCAAUGCCCAAGUUCCUGUGCAUUAAAGGGAUCAUCUUCGCCUCAUACUGGCAGGGCUUCUUCCUGUCGAUUCUCGUUUGGCUGGGCGCCAUUCCGGACACCGUCCCGGGCUACUCUGCUGACAACCUUGCUGCGGCCAUUCAGGAUGCGCUCAUAUGCUUCGAGAUGCCCUUCUUCUCACUCGCACACUGGUACGCUUUCUCGUGGCACGACUAUGCCGACGACACUAUUUCUGCUGCGCGCAUGCCAGUCAAAUACGCUUUACGCGACGCAUUUGGACCCAGGGAUCUGAUCGAAGACACCAAGGACACCUUUGGCGGGAAGCAUUACGAGUACCGGUACUUUGAUGCAAACGACAAUGUACUAGCGCAUGAGGAAUCCUCGUCUAGGACUGCACGAAUGAGAGAGGGCAUGCGGUACGAAAGAGGGGGCAAAGGCAAAUACUGGAUACCGCAGCCUGGCCAGUCUGAGCACGAACCUCUCCUGUCCAAGGUUGCUUCAAGCCGAGCGAGGACUAUGAGUCCUGGAGCGCACCGCGCGCUUGAAUAUGCUAGAUACGGCGGCGUUGAUGGUGACGAGGACCCCACGUUGAACCCCGAGGAUGAGCGACUGUUUGAGAACGCGCGGGCUUUAGAGUUCGGUGAUUGGAAUUACCCCGUCAUCGAGGCGCACAGAGCGACGCGUGAGAGCCGUUUGUACAAUAGUCCUAACAUUCUCACUGCAUCAACGAAUCGAAAUCUCCUACAGCCCACCAAAGAGAACAAGCAGCGGCGGAAGAGCAAGAUCAAAGAGAUUCAGGGGUCUGCCGACAAGGGCAAACACCGGAGCGAUUCAAGCAGCGGAGAGCCGUCCAGUUCGAAGUCACGGGUUCCGAUAAUAGGCAACCUUUUGCGGCACGAGUCAUCAUCGUCCAGCUCGGGAAAAUCCGACAGCAGCCAGCUAGUGGAUCUGGUCGUGGAGGAUACCGAGGCGGAGGACGUCGAACGUGUCAGAGCACGGAAGGAGGGCGGUCCGGGAUGGAACGAAGUUGCUCCCAAACACUUCGUCCACGCGUAUCCGCAGGAGGGACAGGAAGAGGAGGUACGAGAGGGCUUCGAUCCAGACAACCCUCAGCCACAUGACCCCGAAGAUGUGCACAAUCUUGACUAUCCGUUUACGGUGGAAGGGGGCGAAGAGGACGAGAACGAAGACCGUGCCCCACCAGUCUCCGAGGAAGCACAGCAGUGGGAGACGCGUGAUCAUUCCAACGAUAAUGACGAGAAUGACCGCACUAGUCCCCAAUACAGCAGCUUCCGAGAAGAACACAACGCGUGGAACGAAAGAUGAAGGCAGGAUGCGCGAUGACGGGAGCCGCAUCCUUAAAUCCGCAUAAACACAGCCUCGUGGCAUGGAAACGCGGCGUGGUCUCUCUCGGAGGGUUGGAGACGCUUGUUCGUCUAUCUAAGAUGAAACGCCCGAUCAGCGACUGUGCAGUGUGCAUGGUCCGUGUGGGUUGAUCACUUUUCGCAAUCAUGUUCUAUACCCUCUUGGCGUAUAUCCCUUUCAGCUGUUGAUAUUCUCCUCCGGCUUAAUGAGCAUAUAUGAGGUGUCUGGUAGAUUAGCAAUCGGAUUGCAUGAUAUGCCUCGUCCUUUUGGGGGGCAUUGCGCU